AUCUGACGCUUGUGGUACCACACCAGCCACCCAAGCCCGGUAGAGUAAAUCGCAGCCGUCCACGUGCAAUCGAGUAGAUCAGAGGGAUCAACGGGAGACAACCGAAUCGGACCGCAUGUCAAACCAUCACAGCAAUGAAGCAGAUCUCGAGGCGCCGCCUGUCAAGGCGCACACGUCGUCGGCUCGGCCCGAGCCGAGGACCUCCACCUCCAUUUCGCGGCUCGGUGGACGCAUACCGAGAUUUGAGUAUCGCUCUAACGCAAACCCGCGUGAACAGAGCUUCACUCGUAUUCGCUUUCUCGAUAUUUCUCUGACGCAAACCGGCGCAACAGAGCUUUCCUCAUAUUCGCUUUCACAAUACCUCUCUUACUCACUGAUCCGCGCAUUCCAACUCCGAGAGUGAAGGCCGUUACACGUGGACUAGGCCGUAAGCCAUUGAUUCCCGAAAGGACGACGCAAUGGCGUCGUGCCCCUUAUACCACGCUCAGCCACCGCCUCCGCAUCUCCCCCGCGUCGCUCGGCUUCUUCUCCUCCUGCUAACGGUCACCGCUACCACUGCUUUCGCGGUAGCUGAAUCUAGGGAUCCUCUGGCUGCCGUUCGAGAACUUUCUCGGAACAAGCAGGUUGGGCUGCGAGGAGAGGUCGGCCAAGGAGGGUUCCUUAAAGACGUCAGCCAGGAUGAGCUUCUUAAAGAUAUGGACCUAGGGGAAUCUUUUAAAGACGUCAGCCAGGCUGGGCUUUUUGAAGACGUGGACCUGAGGGGGCUCCUUCCAGCUUCCAACUCAGGCGGUGCUGCAGGCGUCGUUUCGGGAACACUUGAGAAUUCGGCAGGAAGGAAACCUGGAAGGAGGACAGCUGAAGGGAAGAAAUCUGAGAGGAAGGGCCUCCGCGUUGACUUUCCAGCUGCGUCCAGGACCGUUGAUUCUGAAUCCAACGAUUUGGCGCAUCGGCAGCUUGGUGAGGUUCACGAGCUCUUGGGCGACCCGCCAGAGGUCCACGCUGGCAACAGCCAGGUCCACGUCAGCAGCAACGUCAGCAGCAGCGCCCACAACGCCAGCAGGAGCGAACAGCGCAAGGUUGCGGUGGUGGCAGCUGUGGAUGAGGAAACGCGGAGGAGCAUGGAGGGGUGGAUGGAGGAUGAAGUGAAACGUGCCGUGAGCCGCGGGUUGAAGCAACUCAGAAAGAAGCUUCUAGAAGAUGUGGACAAGCGAGUGUACAAGCUGCAGCAGCGCUCCCGUUGUGGAGGAAAGAGAAGCAGCUCGAGAGGCCGAGGAGAGAAGCGCCACAGGAAGCGCAAGGGAGAGAAGGGAGGGCACGGCUGUAACAAGCGGUCCAAGUGCGGCAAAUCGCACAAGAACAAGAAACCGUGGAAGCAUCAGAGCGGUGAUUCUUCCUUAUGGAACCCUUCGCUACUGUCACAAAAGCCCUUUCCCAGUAUCAACAUAAGGUCGUACGUGUUUCAGGGCCCAGUGGAAAUAUCAGGAAUCCGACAGCUGAACAACAGUGGAGAGAUCACCAAGCAGACUCAAAUAGCAGUGACUAAGGCCACUGCUACGGGCAAUGGUACCGUGACUCAGAACGAGCCGCAGGCGCAGAGGAGUGCACGGGGUGCUGCUGUGGAGGGUGGGAGCAGUGGAAGCAGCAGCAGCAGCAGCAGCAGCGGCGGCGGCAGCGGCGGCGGUGAUAGCCAAUCAGAGGAGAAUAUGGCUGGUGGGAACAAAUCUCAGGGGAAACAUGCUGAGGGGGGCUGCCAACACGGUUAUGGGAGUGAGAAGCAGAAGAAAGAUUGGGUGGUUGGCAUUCUGAGUGGCCAUGUAAAUGGCAAUAGUACGACAGCAUGUGGUAACAGUGGUGGUAGCAGUGGUGGUUACAGUGGUGGUAACAGUGGUCAGCAGAGCAGCAGUCAGCAGAGCAGCGGUGGCGGCUACAGUGACGAGAAACGCUACAACAGCGGCAGCAGCUAUGGCAACAGCAACAAUAAUGGUGGCAGCUCCAAUAAUGACAACAUCUACAAUAACGGCAACAGCUACAGCAACAACCGCAUCAACAAUAACAGUAACAGCUACAAUAAUGUCAGCAUCGGCAAUAGUGGCAACAGCUACAAUAAUGACAGCAUCGGCAAUAGUGGCAACAGCUACAAUAAUGUCAGCAUCGGCAAUAGUGGCAACAACUACAAUGAUGGCAGCAGCAACAAUACCAGCAACAGCUACAGUAAUGGCACCAUCAGCAAUAGUGGCAACAUCUCCAAUGAUGUUAGCACCAACAAUAGUGGCAACAGCUACAAUAAUGGCAGGAGCUACAAUAGCGGCAACAGCCCCACCAACAGCAGCAGCAGCUACAGUAAUGACAGCUACAGUGACGGUAACGGCUACAACAAUGGCAGCAGCUACAAUGGGGGGAGCAACAACAACAGUGGUGGCAGCCUUGAUAGUAACAACAAUGGCAGAGGAUAGCACUGAGGGAGGUGUAAGAGGAUAUCCAGGGGUCACAUGUAAAUAAUAAAUGCUGUACUAGUGGGAACAAGGGCGCCAGCCAGCGCGGAUAUAAUCUGCGCCGAUGUGAUCUGCCCGAUAU